AUGAACGCUUCGAUAUCAUCUACAAUGCUCUCCGAGCCACCGCCGUGUAUCUACCCAAAUGACACUGGAUAUGUUGAUUAUGUGAGCACCUACUUGAAUCUUGUCGCAAUCCCAACCGUGUGCUUGCUGGGAUCUGUAGCGGCUGUGCUCUGCAUCAUCGUUUUCACUAAAAAACAAAUGAGGUCAUCAUUGAAUGUCUACCUUGCCGGUCUUUCUGUCUUUGACCUGAUCUUACUUUCGUGUAGCGUCCUUGUAUUUUGUCCGUUGCAAGGAUGCGUAUUGCAAGGGCAUAGGGACACCACAGUAUGCCAUUUCUUCUGGAGCACUACACCUUGGGCUCAUCCCAUUAAUAACAUUGCUCAAGCAGGAAGUGUAUGGACGUGCGUUGCCGUAACAGUUGACAGAUUCCUUGCCGUCAAUUACCCACUUCACAGCAAAAUUUGGUGUACACCCCGACGAGCGUUUAUAAUACUCAUCACUAUUGCAGUGCUGAGUGUUUUGUUCAGAUUUCCGAUGUUCUUCGAAUUAACAACCGAUAAUUGUGGAAAAUUGCGUCCUACAUCAUUCCGAAAUGUUUACUAUACCAAAUACUACUUAACUUAUGGAUACUUCAUUCUAAUUCUUCUUAUUCCGUGGACCACUAUGAUCGUUUUGAAUGUUUUUGUCGUUAAAGCGGUUCAUCGUGCUUACAAGCUCCGAAGAUCGAUGCAAGGCGGAAAAUCUAGCCAAGAAGAAAAAGACAGAAGAAACAGUCUCAGAUGCACUUUAAUGGCAAUCGCGAUGGUUCUAACGUUUCUUGUUUUCAAUGUGGUCGCUGCCGGUAACAAUAUCGCGGAAUCGCUACUUGGAGCAAAUUUGGGCUAUUGGGGAGCAAUCGGAAAUCUUCUCAUAUGCUUAAAUAGUGCUUCCAAUAUCGUAAUAUAUUCAUUGUUUGGCGCUAGGUUCCGUCAAAUGUGUGUCUUGAUGAUUUGCGGCAGACAGAGCCGAUGGAUGGAAUGGCUGAAUGUUGGAAGAAGCAUGGUGAGCGAUUGGGACGGCCGUGAUGGAACAACUAGAAAAACGAGUUUGGAUGCGAGCACAGCUCUUUUGAGCACCAGGAGUUCAAGGAGGUGGAGCAAGCGAAGCCAAAGUGGGCACGUACCGGUUACGAGGAAAAACACUGUGGUUUACACAGCUCAGCCGAACAGGCUUUCAUUACAAAGUGUGCCAACCUGA